AUGUCUGGACUGUCGGGUGUCCGCUGCCGCCUCCUGCGCCUCUGCCUGGGCCUCUGCCUGGGCCUCUGCCUGGGCCUCGUUCUCCCCAGACUGGGCCUCGGAGCGGUGCUGGUCUCUCUGGAGGAAGCUCACACACAGCAUGGAGCCCCCAGAUCGCUGCAGAAGAGAAGCCUUGACCAGAAUGAGCAGGUGGAGGUGAUGAGUGUGACGCUGGACUGCACCGUCACCUCUCGCUUCGCCCACAGCGUCAUGACGACCAAAGCUCUGAACAAGGCCAACAGCUCUAAGGAAAUCUUCUUUGACGUGGAGCUGCCCAAGACGGCUUUCAUCACCAACUUCACCAUGGAGAUAGAAAGCCGGCAGUACGUGGGUGUGGUGAAGGAGAAGGAAACGGCCAAGAAACAGUAUGAGACGGCGGUGAGAGCUGGGCAGACCGCCGCGCUGGUGAAGGCUUCAGGGAGAAAGAUGGAGAAGUUUUCUGUGUCUGUGAACGUUGCAGCUUUAAGUAACGUCACAUUCACUCUGACGUACGAAGAACUGUUACAGAGAAACCUGGGUCAGUACGAGAUCCUGACCCGAGUCCAGCCCAAGCAGCGCAUUCAGGACUUCAAGAUUGUUACCAACAUCUACGAACCCCAGGGAAUUGAAAACGUCGAUGUCCAGUCCACUUUCCUCUCCAAUGACUUGCUCCCCCUGGUGGAGAAAACUGUCACGGACAAAAAAGCUCGUAUCUCCUUCUGUCCGACCAUGGAGCAGCAGCAGAGAUGUCCAGACUGUGACGGGACUUUGAUAAACGGCGAUUUCGUGAUAAAAUAUGACGUGAAGCGAGAAAAGAGCCUCGGAGAUCUGCAGAUCGUCAACGGAUACUUUGUCCAUUACUUCGCUCCUCCUGACCUCCGCCGUGUCCCCAUGAACGUGGUCUUCGUCAUUGACAAGAGCGGUUCCAUGUCCGGCAAAAAGAUCCUUCAGACUAAAGAUGCAAUGUUAGAAAUCCUCCAAGACCUUCAGGAGGAAGACCACUUCGCCAUUGUCAUAUUUAACGAUGGAGUCAUGCCCUGGAGAUCGACCUUACAACAAGCAACCAACCAAACUGUGGAGGAAGCAAAAAACCACAUCAGGGAACUACGAUCUAGCGGAGGCACAGACAUUAACACAGCAAUGUUGAGAACUGUUGAGAUGCUUCAGACGGCGAGGAGAGACCAGCAGCUCCCACAGAGAAGCACUGACAUCAUCAUCUUACUGACGGACGGCAUGCCAGGACCCGGAGAAACCAACCCAAAAAUUAUCCAAAAAAAUGUGAGAGAAGAAAUUGCUGGAAACAUGUCGGUGUACUGUCUGGGCUUUGGGAACGACGUGGAGUACAGCUUCCUGGACGUGAUGAGCCAAGAGAACAAGGGCUUCGCUCGCAGGAUCUUCGAAGACUCAGACGCAGUUCUACAACUCCAGGGUUUCUACAAAGAGGUGUCCAGUCCUGUGCUGCUGGACGUGGAUCUGAAGUAUCCCGCCAACACCGUGGACCUGUUGACCACAAACCAUUUCGACCAUUUGUUUAGCGGCACUGAGCUCGUCGUGGCCGGUCGUCUCAUGGACAAUGGCGUCGAUAGUUUCCCGGUGGAAGUGUUCGGACUCGGGUAUGAAGACUUCCAGGUCCAAGGCCAGGCCAGCGUCCAGGACUGGGGGCUGCUCUAUCCAGACGAGGAGUACAUCUUUGGAGACUUCACCGAGCGACUCUGGGCGUAUCUCACUAUUCAACAGCUUUUGGACAAGAGUAAAGUUGGCAGCCCUGAGGAGAAGGACAGCAGUAAAGCCAAAGCCCUGGAGAUGUCUCUGUUGUAUAACUUUGUGACUCCGCUCACGUCGAUGGUUGUCACCAAACCAGAAUCUGACGAGCCUCCGCUGGUGGCCGACAAACUGACAGAGGAACAACGUCAAAGAGCAGAGAAAAUGUCGUGCACAAGUGAGAACACACCUCUCAUGUUCGAUGGAGUCCAUGUCUUUCUUAAAGGACAACACUAUCGCCCUGUAGCACCUACGUAUUUGGUGGACGGAGAUCCUCAUUUCUUGAUCGAACUCCCAGAACGAGACGAUGCUUUGUGCUUCAACAUCAACAACAAACCUGGGACUAUCUUCACUCUCGUCAAAGACACAGAAUCUGGAAUACUCGUAAACGGACAGAUCGUGGGCGACAAAGCUCUGGCUCCUGACGGUCAGAUCCACACCUAUUUCAGCCGCUUUGGAAUCAUUCAUAAAAGUUUGGGGAUAAAACUGGAGGUGAGCACUCGGGACAUCUCCGUGCUCCAAGAUGGCCGCUGGGUCAAACUGCUGUGGACGGAUACAACUUCCCUGACUGGACCCACACUGGACUUAAAUGUGAAAAAACACAGCGUGUUAACAGUGACCCUGAAAGACUCGGUGAAGUUUGUGGUCCUGCUGCACAGAGUGUGGAAGAAGCACCCGUAUCACAGGGACUACCUCGGCUUCUACACUUUAGACAGCCACCUCCUGUCCCCGGGCGUCCACGGCCUUUUGGGUCAGUUUUAUCACCGGAUUGAUUUCGAAGUGUCCGACAUGCGUCCAGGGGAAACUCCUGAAAAACCAGACGCCACCAUGUUUGUGAAAGGACAACAGCUGAAUGUGACCAGAGGCUGGCAGCGAGACUUUAGGAAUAAUAUGGAGACUGGAGAGAAGAUCCCCUGCUGGUUCAUACACAACAACGCCACAGGCCUCAUCGACGGAGACGCAAGCGACUACAUCGUCUCGGACCUUUUCAAGACCGUUUAA